UUCCAAUAUCACCCAGCAGCACUAGUUAUAUUGGAUUUGAACAGGAGUUUUACCGUACAGUGCUGACCCGAGCCUUCCUCGGUCAUGUCGGUCAACAUGGUUCACGCCGAUGCAUCCACCUUUGCCGAGGGCAUCACCAAGGAGCAGGCCUACCAACAGGUCUUGGACCAGGCCGAGGGCCUCUUCUUUGAGCAGCGGAACUGGGUUUGCAACCUAGCCAAUGCGGCCUCGCUUCUUUGGCACGCUUACAAAUCCCUCCCUUUCCCAAGCAACCAAGUCAACUGGGCAGGCUUCUACACCCUCAACCCACUCUCCCCACCAACCCGCCCGCAACUCAUCCUCGGUCCUUUCCAGGGCAAAGUAGCCUGCCAGACCAUCGCCUUCGGGCGCGGGGUGUGCGGCACGGCGGCGUCGACGCAGCAGACGCAGCUCGUGCCCGACGUCGACGCGUUCCCGGGCCACAUCGCCUGCGACGGGGCCAGCCGUAGCGAGAUUGUCGUGCCCAUUGCCGUCGCCGGCAAGGGGAUCGUGGCCAUCAUUGACGUCGACUGUGCGGUUGUCGAUGGGUUUGAUGAGGUGGAUCGGCUGUGGCUGGAGAGGUUUGCGGCGGUUGUUGGCGCCGCUUGUGACUGGCCUUAGUUUCGGGAGGAAGGUGGUCUGGGGGGAGGGUGCGUUACGUUUAGGGGAGAUAUGCGAUUGGGAUGGUGUGAGGUAGGAUUUGGGUGUGGAAAGGGGUGGAAUGUUGUUGUGGCUCGAAACUUCUUGAUACUCGAAAGAUGCUUUGAAAACGCCACUUUGCCUCCCAUUUCUUUUCCUUUUCCGUUCUCUCUUUCUCAGUAUCCUCGCUUUCUUCUAUUUCCAUGGUAUUUCCCCUUUUUUAAAGUUCC